AAAAAUGAUGAAGCAUUUACUUUGGUUGAAAAAGAACCAGUAACUGUGCCUGAUAAAGAUGUGGAAGAAAAACCAAUAAAGAGAAGAAAGCUAUGUAAAAUAGCAAAUAAAGAGGUGCAACAUGAAGAUGAACAAGGUAAUCCACCCACAACAUCUGCUCAGAUCAUAUCAGUAUCUACAACACCUGUCCCAGAUGUGGAAAUCAGAGAAGUAGAUCCAUAUAAUCCGAUGUGGAAAGUGGAUCCAAAAUUAUGGAAGGAAUACUUGCAAUGGAAAAAAUCAAGAAAAACAACCCAUGAAGAAAGGAAAGUAGUCUCCACAACCAGAAAGAAAGACUUUUUCAGACAGCUUGAAGAAAACACAUGGGUACAUGGAGACACAUUGGAUCUGCUAUUCGCCCACUUGCAGAAUAAAAUGUUGCAUCUCAAGCACCAUUGCAAGCGUUCUUUUAGAAUAUUACAUUCCUCUUUUCUGACUGGAAUCAAUAAACCAGACUGCAUUGUUUGGAACCACAUUUUUGAUACUCAUCUGGUGACACCAGAUAAUAAGAAAGCUGAAUGGACAGACCCAACAGCACACCUAACUAUAUGGACAGAAAAAGAUGUCGAAUACUAA